AUGACACAGAUCGGCUGGUACGGCCUCGGGUCCAUGGGCCUCGCCAUGGCCUCCAACCUGCAGCGCCACCUCGUGGCGCGCAAGGCCCUGAGCCUGGUGUACUCCAACCGCACGAUGUCGCGCGGCACGCCACUGCAAGCACUUGGCGCAAUCCCCGAACCUAGUUUCGAAAAACUGGUUUCUCAAUGUGGGAUUAUUUUCACUAUGGUUGCGAAUGACUCCGUUCUCCAAAAUCUCAUCUCCUCAGCCGUCGGCUCAGGGCAUUCGCUCACAGACAAGAUCUUUGUGGACUGCUCGACCGUGCACCCGGAGACAGUCAGCAAGGCCGUCGCUCAGCUGAAGAGCAAGGACGCGUCGUACCUAGCAGCCCCCGUUUUUGGCGGUAAUCCCAUUGCCGUGGAUGGGAAGUUGGUAUUUGCCAUCGGGGGGCCGAAGAGCGCGACCGAUGCUGUGAAGCCGCUCAUCCAGGAUGUUAUGGGACGGCGGGUGAUCGACUGUGGAGAGGACGCGACUAAGUCUUCGUUGCUAAAGAUUGCUGGAAAUAUCGUCACAGUGAACAUGAUGGAGGCUGUUGGAGAGGCGCAGGUCUUCGCUGAGAAGACUGGGCUUGGGACGGGUCCAAUGGAAGAGCUCAUUGGCGAGGCGUUCGGCGCUGUGGCGGGAGGUUACUCGAAGAGAUUGACUACUGGCGCCUAUGCACCGCCCUUGGACUCGCGCCCUGGAUUCGGUGUCUCUCUGGCGAUCAAGGACGCCAGGCAUGCAAUGGCAAUGGCGUCGGAUCACGGUAUCCAGCUUCCUGGUCUUGAGGUCGCUCGUCUGAACAUGGAGGCCGCGAGGGCCUAUGGCGGGGAGUGUCUUGACAGCAGUGCGAUGUACGGGACGCUGCGCCAGAUGGCAGCAUUGGAGUUUGGGAACGAAAAGAGCAGGAAGGUUUAG